CGAACGACCCACAAGGGCCCCAGAGGCGCCCAAGACGCCCCCCAGAGGGCCUCCGUAGUCAUUUUGGCUCAAGCCAUUUUGGCUCAAGCCGUCUCUGGUUUCCGCAGCAGACAGUAUUUCAUAGGUUGAUAUCGUGAACAUGGUCAAGGCACACACAGCACUUGAUGAGAUUGACAGCAAGGGCGAUUUCCAACGAUCGGCUGCUGGUUUCAGCAAUAAAGUAGCACCAGAAUCACGCUUCGAGCCUGAGGCCAGUCGGUACCAUCUGUACGUGGCGCUCGGUUGCCCAUGGGCCAAUGGUUGUCUCACAGCACUCAAGUUCAAGGGCCUCGAGGACAUCAUCAGCGUCUCCGUGGUCCAUCCGACUUGGCGCCGCACCCGCUGUGACGAUCCAGAAGAUCUACACACUGGCUGGCACUUCAGAGCCCCCCGUGACGCGCCAGUGACCAACGAGCUCGGCCACGGUUCGUUCGAAUGCGAUGACGCGUGCAUCCCCGACACUGUCAAUGGCUGCAAAACCAUCCGCGAGCUGUACGAGCGUGCGAACGAUCAGACGGGCAAGUACACCACCCCUGUUCUCUGGUGCAAGAAGGAGGGCACCAUCGUUUCCAACGAAAGCAUGGAGAUCCUGCAGAUACUUGACAGUGCCUUCGAUGAGUGGUGCAAGCACCCCGAGCGCAAGCUGUUCAACAAAGUUGAGGCGGCGGCGGCGGAGGAGCUUAACUCUUAUAUCUACCCGACUGUCAACAACGGCGUCUAUCGUUGCGGCUUCGCACGCACUCAAGAGGCCUAUGUCCGGGCGCACGCGGAGUUGUUUGCAUCCCUCGAUCGCCUCGAGGCGCUACUGGCCAAAAAUGGGACGGCUUUCUUGACAGGCUCCGAAUUCCGGUGGAUCGACCUGCGCUUGUACAUGACUCUUGUGCGUUUUGACCCGGUGUAUGUCGUCUACUUUAAGACGAGCCACAAGCGGCUCGCUGAUUUCCCGCACUUGCUGCGUUUUGUGCGCACGUGCUACUCCAUCCAGGCGGUCAAGGCCACCACCAACAUCAAGCACAUCAAGAUGCACUACUUCUCCUCGCAUCCUACCCUGAAUACGUACGGCAUCCUUCCAGCGAGCGACGGGCCAGAGCUCGUGGAGGCGGAGCCGUCGUAGAUUCCGUCUCGCGAGACACAACAAAAAGCACGGUUGGCCUUUCCAAUGUAUUUGCGAGUCAUUUGUGCGAUGCGACGUUGCGUCGACAACCAAGCCUCCGUCCCGCAGUUUUCUCCUCCUCCUCUUUCUCUUGCGGCCGGUGCAUUUGUAUUUCUGGCGUGCGCCAGGGUUUUCGAGCAGAUGAUGCGCGUGACUGCCGCUUUUGGCAUCCACGCUGCCCGCUGAUUAUUGCUCCUCCUCCUCCUCCUCCCUCCCUCUUACUCAUCAUGAGCUCGAUGCAAACGUCCGCGGGUCGGGCUCACGCUGGGCCACAAGCGCCCUCGGUCGACGUGGCGCAGUGCCCCCAGUCCUGGACAUACGAUGGGCUGCUGGGAUGGUGCGCGCACGCUUCGUGCACCUGGGCCUCGCUACGCUUUGCGGAGCAAAAAAAGAAGACGCCCCCCAGAGGGCCCCAAGACAGCCCAAGACCGC